UAGAAUCAGUGAAAAUAUCACUGAUUGAAACAGUAAAAUAGGAUUUCACUGAGAAUCAGUGAGUAUUUCACUGAACUUCAGUAGAACGUUUACUUUUUGUUUCUUUAUCUUAUAUUUCACUGAUUAUGGUCAGUGAAAGUAAGAUGUCACUGUAAAAUCAGUUAUCUGUUGGUAAUGCUGAUUAAUGGUGGGAGAAAGCGGAACAGGAUUGUGAUGUCAGUGAUGUGUGAAACACAAGACGAGAAGGUAUACGUGACGAAGGACAAAGUGUACAUACGAUUACGAACAACGAGAGAAGCGGUACUGAGCUAAGCGUGCUUGCGAAAAAGGUGAGAUUAAAAAUUUGAAAAUUUAAAUGAAUCAAGUGAAAGAUUUGUCAGUCCAAGAAUUAGGACAGAAAAUUGAGGAACUUACGGAUACGGAAACACGGAAAAUUUUUAAUGAUGAAAAAAUUGAAGGGUUUUCUUUUUUUUUGCUCAAUGAAAAUGAUUUAAGAAAUAUGGGAUUAAAGAUGGGUCCAGUAAAGAAAAUUUUACAAUUUCUUCAAGAUUGUUCUUCUCAGACAUCAGGACAAUCAUUUCAAGUGGCGGAUGGAACAUAUGAAGUAGGGGAAAAUGGAGAAGUAAUAAUCUCUUCAGGUUCUCCUUCGUUAUUAGGAAAUUCCGUGGAAAUAGAACCUCAAAGUCCAUCUAUCAGUAGUAAUGCUAUUACAUCUAUGUCAACUAAUCCUAGCAAUAACCAGGAAUCUAAAAUAUCCAAGAAAUGUUUUUCGCGUUUCAAAACGGUUUAUGAGACUCUUUUGAGGCAUCUUCAAGGUGAUAAUAUUUUAAAAGCCUGCACAGAUGGCAUAUUCACAGAAGAUGAUAGACGAAGCCUCGUGAGGGUUGUAACAUCCGAACUGGUAAAAGUACAUGGAGAUAAUUA